AUAGAAAAGGCCAGCACACAGUUGUUCAAAAAAAAAAAAAGGCCAGCACACCAAGGCUGGAAGGGGAACUUCUCUGCUCCUGCCGUCCGCCCGCGGCCCCCAUCGAUCCUGCCUGGCUGCCUCCCGGUCGAGAGGUUUGGUUUCUUGCUCGGCCAUGGCUGGACCCGCGGAGGAGGCGCCCGCCGCCGCGGUGCCGCCGCCGGCCUCGCCGCGCGACGACGUCACGGAGGAGGCUGCGUCGCCGGCAGCGAGGCCCCGGGGGUUCUGGCUCCUCGGGGAGGACAAGUCCGUGCACAGGGCUCUCGGUGGCGGUAAAACUGCUGAUGUACUGUUGUGGAAAGACAAGAAGACCUCUGCUGCAGUAGUUGGUGGUGCAACUAUCCUUUGGGUUCUGUUCGAAGUUGUCGAAUACCAUCUCCUGACUCUGGUAUCUCAUGUGCUGAUUGUUGCUCUGACGAUCUUGUUCCUCUGGUCCAAUGCAACUGUCUUCAUCAAUAAGAGUCCUCCUGAUAUUCCUGAAGUGCAGAUAUCUGAAGAUCUUGCUGUGAACGUUGCCCUUAGGCUGCGUGCAGACAUCAACAAAGCGCUUGGCUUGCUUCGGGAGAUUUCUCUGGGCCAUGACCUGAUGAAGUUCCUAGGAGUGAUCAUCGCCCUCUGGAUUCUCUCGGAAGUUGGAGAGCUCUGUGAACUCCUGAGACUGAUGUACAUUGUGGUCUUGAUCCUCCACACGGUGCCGAUACUGUACCACAAGUACCAGGACCAGGUGGACGAUUUCGCUGCGAAGGCACACGCGGAGCUCUGCAAGCAGUACAAGGUCCUGGACGCCAAGGUCCUGAGCAAGAUUCCUAGAGCUCCACCGAAAGACAAGAAGCAAAACUAGAACGAAGCUCAAAUCAGUGGACCUGGCGGACGACACGCGACUUGUCUUUGGUUCUGGGUGGUACAUAUCUGUCUUGUCUAUGGAUUGUGUGAUGAAAAUCUGUAGAAAAUAGUGGUCUGAUGUGGAUGGUGGUUUGAUUUGGUGUGCGAGUACACGUGGGCAUAUUUUCUGUUUGUUUAAUCUCACAUGUUCUACGAGCUAGUAUCUAAUCUGAUGUGUAUAAAUAUAACUAUGUUUGAUGUAUUCUGGUAUUGUAGGUCGUUUUGGUAAAUUUAGAUUUAUAAAUUUUAUUAUGCAUCUGGAUA